AUUUUCUCACAUCGCGAUCCUAACCUGCAUGUGUCGCGCGAAGAGCAACAGUUUUGAUAAGUAGGUUGAUACAUGAGAACCAAGUGUACAAGGUAUAUCAGUAAUUAUUAUAUUAAUUAGUACUGGUAAAGCACACGAAUAAAUGAAAAAUGAAACUUAAAGCGGUUAUCGAAGACGUAACUGCGCAGUCAGACAAAAUUCAGCCAAUUCUUGUAACCUUCCAAAAUGGUGAGCUUAAGGAUGAAGAAGUCAAGGAGAUGUCGUGUGGCUUGUUCCGCGACCAAAGGGACGACAAAACUGUGCUGGCCUUGUCGAAUGGACACGUUGUUUAUAAAGGUCACAGGCCGGAUUGCGAGAAGGAGUCGACACGGACGAUGCUGGUGCUCCACAAUAAGAGGACCGGCAAAGUGCGAUUAUUUGAGGCCGAACGGUGGCAAGUGACUCCAGUACUCGAUAAACCCGACGUCGGGGACGGCAACAAUGACAUAACUGAGAAGAUGACUAUACUCAACAAGCAGUUUGGAUCAAAGAGAGUCAAGCGUAGAACCGAGCAAUACGAGAAGCUGAAAGUGAACAUUGAAUCUGUUAAGGAACAACUUGAGAAAACUGUGUCGAAUAUUGAAAUUGACAGGCAAGAUUUGUCGACUCAAUUACAACCCGAGGACUGUAUAUCAAAUACACUACUGCCUGCGUGUAACAGGAACGCGAGUAACGUGAAGGAUGUGUACAAUGUGUAUGAUAUUAUUCCCAAGAGUAAAUUGGAAAUGUUACACGAACACGCAAUGGAGGUUCUCAACGGAGACGUGGAAGGGAAGGGACAUUUUUUCAAACGCACUUUAAGAAGUAUACAAUCGGAACCGGACAACGUGAACAAAGUAGCCCUGUUGCUCUACGUUGAAAUGAUUAAUGCGUGGUUCGCCAUGCCAAUGAAGAACGCAAAGAGACGCGAUGUUGUUGUAUGCCCGCUUUCCGAGGAAGUAAAUCAGUACAUUAUCGACACAUACAGCGUGUCCAGCGCGAACGGACGGACGAGACCGAACACCAUAAAGGACAAAGGCCUCAUACACAGCCUGAUUCUCACACUGACGAUAUCGAACUUCAGCCUCGAUUUGGAGCAAUUUCGAAUUAUGCUGGAAACGCGAACGAGUCUAAAGAAGUUGACGGACCUCGCAAAAAUUAUCGGAGCAGUACCCACUAAGGAAGAUAAGAAGAUCAUCACGCUUAAAGUUCCAUUGCCACCGCAGAUUCCUCUGAUAAAAAAAGGAAAGAAAUCGGCGAAAUCAAAUCAAUGACGUCGCUAAACUACAGAUUUUUUUUAACGUUAGACAAUAUAUUUUUUUAAAUUUUCCAAGCCUCCGACUAAAACUAAAAAAAAGAAAACUACAAAAUUUUGUGUAAUGUAUUUUGUACAGCUGUAAGCUCAUGUUGACGUCUUAUGAGAUGUAAAUAUCCACAAUAAUGUUACGUUUUCAUAUUAUACCGAUACAGAUCUUCCUUCGUUCUUUUGACUUAUAGUAUAAUUUAAUAAAAAUUUAUAAUUUAAUGAAAUUUAAUAAAAAAAUUUGUCAAUUGUGUCUUGGAUACUCCGAAAAAAUUUCGAAAACGUUUUAUCCGCUACAUUGCGGAUGAAGCGUACACAAUAAAUAUAUAUGUACAUAAUGUGUGCAUGUACACACUUGUUGAAAUGAAAUAAAUGAGAUAUUUCAUGUAUAAAAA